UUUCCUUAAGGCAUACUGCUGACAUCAUGGAGCCCUCUUUCCCUCUCGCUUUCUCCCUCUGCUUCUCCCCCUCCCUCCUCCCUCCUUGUCCCUCCUCCCUCUGCUCAAUCUCUUCCAAUCUCUUUCCUCCUCUCCUCAGUUCCUUCAGGUAAAUCCUACUCAAACUUGUACGAACUUGUUUUUGACUGACAGCGAGCAGCGAGAGACUUUUCUUCACUUUGAGAGAACCUGAACACCUAUCUUCCCCAAGACAACCUGCAUCGACCGAUCAUUUCCUUGCCGGGUCAUAGCUUCCCAUCGAGGCAGGAGUCCAGUGCAUCUGUCCCUGCAGGUAGGAGCAGAAUCCCAUGGUAGCCAGGUGGGUGAAGGAGAGCAAGGACACCCCACCUGCCUUGAAGAAGACGCCUUCUGACCUGCUGAGGGAGUGACAAGGAUGGAACAUUCCCUGGGACUCAGCGUGCAAGCCCAGCUUCUAAGUGGUCCCGAUAGCCUGACAAUGGACGCCAUUCACAUCAGCAUGUCCAGUGCUCCCCUGGCGAAGCACACGGCAGGAGCCGGACUCAAGACCAACAGACCCCGGGUCAUGUCCAAGAGUGGGCACAGCAACGUGAGAAUUGACAAAGUGGAUGGCAUAUACUUACUCUAUCUUCAAGAUUUGUGGACAACCGUCAUUGACAUGAAGUGGAGAUACAAGCUCACCCUGUUUGCCGCCACCUUUGUGAUGACCUGGUUCCUUUUUGGAGUGAUCUACUAUGCCAUUGCAUUUAUUCACGGUGAUUUAGAACCAAGGGAGGACGUUUCAAAUCACACUCCCUGCAUCAUGAAAGUGGACUCUCUCACUGGAGCGUUUCUUUUCUCCCUGGAAUCCCAGACAACCAUUGGCUAUGGAGUCCGUUCCAUCACGGAGGAAUGCCCUCAUGCUAUUUUCCUGUUGGUUGCUCAACUGGUCAUCACAACCUUGAUUGAGAUCUUCAUCACGGGCACCUUUCUGGCCAAGAUCGCCAGACCCAAAAAGCGGGCAGAGACCAUCAAGUUCAGCCACUGUGCCGUCAUCACCAAGCAGAAUGGGAAGCUCUGCUUGGUGAUUCAGGUGGCCAACAUGAGGAAGAGCCUCCUGAUUCAGUGCCAGCUCUCCGGCAAGCUCCUCCAGACCCAUGUCACUAAGGAGGGGGAACGGAUUCUUCUCAACCAAGCCACUGUCAAAUUUCACGUGGACUCCUCUUCAGAGAGCCCCUUCCUCAUUUUGCCCAUGACAUUCUAUCACGUACUGGAUGAGACAAGCCCCCUGAGAGAUCUCACACCCCAAAACCUGAAGGAGAAGGAGUUCGAACUCGUGGUCCUCCUUAAUGCCACUGUGGAAUCCACCAGCGCAGUCUGCCAGAGCCGCACAUCUUAUAUUCCAGAGGAGAUCUACUGGGGCUUUGAGUUUGUGCCUGUGGUUUCUCUCUCAAAAAAUGGAAAGUACGUGGCUGAUUUCAGUCAGUUUGAACAGAUCCGAAAGAGCCCGGAUUGCACCUUCUACUGUGCGGAUUCUGAGAAGCAGAAACUUGAGGAGAAGUAUAGGCAGGAGGAUCUGAGGGAAAGGGAACUAAGAACUCUUCUGUUACAACAGAGCAAUGUCUGAUGGUGGUGGUCGCCCUGGGUUUAACUCUGUGAGCUCUUUCCAUGUCAGAGCUCCCUUUGAAGGCACAGGUCACCAUGCAAAUGAGAAUGUGUGGAUUCUUUCUAAAAAACUAUACGGACAUACAAAAUCCAUUUUUUCCCCUUUGAUCUGACACUUAAGCAAGCAUUUCCACGUUUGAGAAGGUUCCUUUUUAAAAGUCUUUGUCUGAAGCAAACUCUCAAAAUUCCUACUUUCUAAAAUGGGGCUAUAUUUUCAAAAACUCGGUGUAGGGCAAUUAAAAUAAUGUCAUGUCCAGUGGACAGACAUUUAGCCAUGCUGGUGUUGAAAGGAUAUGCACUUCUAUGCAGUAUAUCAGCUAUAACUUAAGGUAUUUGUUCAAAACAAUUUUCAAAGAUGUUAUGGCUGGAAGUUGAAAUGUGAAAUGUGAAAUGUUGAAAGUUCGUAUCCUUUUAUGUCAUAUCUUUACAAUACCCUCUUUUCAAGCAGGGAAAUGCUAUCUUUAAUGGAGUCUAUCUGGUAACAGAGUCAAGGGGACUUUGUACUCACAAAAAAAAUAUUUCCAUUCUUACCUGUUUUUCAUCAGAUUUAAUUGUACAGAGUGAAACUGAACAAAUCAGGAGUUAAUAGUUCUGAAAAUAUAUAUGAAUGGAGUGGACUUUUUUGGUCACAGUAAUUUUCUGUUUUCUAUUCAAAAAGUAGCGUACAACCCAGCAGCAUCAGCACCAUCCAGGAGCUAAUUAGCAGUAUCGACUCCGAGGCCCCACCCAGACUUAGAGAACCAGAGUCUGCAUCUUCACGAGACCUCCAAGUCAUUCGUACACAAAUGAAAGCCUGGAAAGUGUCCACUCUGGAAGGUUUUCAAGGGAACUUUCUGAAGCCACAGCACCCUCUGGGUCCCAAACCCACAUGGCCUCCAGACCUGUCCUUCUUUCUUCAGCUUAUUAUUAUGGGCCAAUAUUGUUGUCAGACACUUCAUUCUUUGUCUGUUAAAAUGCCUUGUUUGCCAAAGAACUGCCCCUGAUGCCCCAAGAUUGAAAACAAUUGCUUGAGAGUCAUGGUUGUCUCACUCAUGCUAAGCACAUGUUUGUUGACUAUAGUGAGCACAAAAGAAAAAUGAAGCCACAUUACAACUGGAAAUUUGCUCAGAUGUUGAAGUCCACAAGGUUGAACAGGGCCAUAAGGACCAAGAAGAGCUGAGGAAUUCAUGUACUGAUGACUCCUUGCAGCAUGAACGAAGUUUGGUAAUCUGAUAUGUAAAGAACACCCUCAGUAUCUAAAUAAAUCUCAUGUAACUGAUUGGAACAGGGUAACAUUUUCGCUCUUGGCAGAACUUAGGGGCCAGGAGCCACAUUUCUUUAGGGCGAAGAAUAUGCAUGGGUGGGGAUUGGCUGUAUGAGUAAAGGGCGAAUUCUCAUUUCAUUCAGACCAGGACAGACUUGUGUAUUCACUCACAAAGAAUGUGACUGUAGGUGGGUAGGCACUGAAUAGGCAUACUCGGGAGCCCACAUACAUGUACACACAGGCACGCACACACACAUGCAGGCACUUCCUGGCUUUUCAAGCAUAAUUGUGGAAGUUGAAAGAUGUUUGCAAUUAAGAGAGCAAGUCCUCAACAAAUAUAUUCACGUAUGUUUUAUUCUAUAAAAAUGGGGAUGCUGGGGCUCUGAUAAAAAGCGGAAAUUAAUCUGGAUUCAGGUUAUCAGUGAAAUAGGGUUUAGCUCAGUGGUAGAGCAUUUGACUGCAGGUUCUCAGUGAAAGGAUACUACGGAUUAUAGCUAACGUGACCAUAUAUUUAGGCUACCACAGUUUCAAAUGUCCUUCCACGGAAGAGAAGUGUGGCUGGAACCCCUGACCUGGACCCAAAUGUCUAACACAAAUGUCAAAACAACAGGAGUAGAGUUAGUUCUAGAGGCCUAAAGGGCAAUUUCAAAGCACGAGAAGCUUUUUUCUUUUAUUAUUCAGGAAUCUUUUCUCUCUUUCUGUUGAUAAUUUAAUGGCAGAUUGUUUUAAUUUCUUAAAGAAAUUAUGUUUGUUUAGUUAGACAUUAGCUCUUUUAGUUAUUAUAUGUGGUUUUUUAUUGUCUCUUGUGCUAUAAUGGACAGGAAAAUAAUGCCACAGGCAUGUUUACAGGCUUUCUGUUGAGCUAUUAAAUUCCUUACACAGGAUUUACAUCAGUGCUAAUUUGAAUGUGAUCAAGAUUAGGAAUCUUGCAUACUUACACUGCAUUUGGCACACUGAUGUAGUGUGAGAUGGAGAAAGCUUUUGUUUAUUCAUUUAACAUAUCUACUUCAGCCAAAUCUGGAGGACUUGAUCAUUUGAUCUUUUGCACUAUACACAAAACAAAUAUGCAGUAUCUUAAAAGCCAAUACUUGUACAAGUCAAUAAAUCAUAUUGUAAUAUAAUAUUCUGUAAAUAGUCCUAAACCUGCAUCUGGUUUGAAAGUUAGCAUUUCCUUACUUAUUAUUUCUUUAUACACAAUACUCUUGUGUUAACAUACUAACAAAAGAUAUUAGGUGGCAAACAUUUGAUUAUAUCUGGAAGUCUUUUGACUGAAACAGAUGCUUGCUCAACACCUAACUAAGAAGUAAUCAAACUAAUGGAAUAUUGUUGACCCAAAAAGGCUUUUGCAUUUUGAAACAUCUCCAAUGCAUCAAGCCUUCUCAGGGAGACCAUUCAAAAAUGUCAUGUUCCAUUCGAAAAACCACAAAGUAAAUAGCAGCUCAUCAGUGUAAUCGGCAAGCUGUGUCUUAUUUCAAUAAGAAAAUGUAUUAUACGUGCAUGGUACCUGAUAGUCAAUGGUCCCAGACAGCAUAGUCAAGAUUCACUCACUGAUCCUCCCAAGAAGCCACCUUUGGAGUCUGGGUGCAGUCACAUAUUGUUGUUCUUUUUCUCACGCAGGGGGGGAUUACAGUACCAGACAAGACUCCAGACAUGUAAAAUAACUGGUGAAAAGUGAAAAAUGCCAUGAACAAGUGGACCAGAUUUUGAGAUGACUUUAAAUGAUGAUUCAUUAGAUGUUUCUUUGAAUUGAAUUUUCUUUUUAAAUUGAUGGUGAUUUUGAUACCAUUAAAAGUAAAUUAAGAUCUGAAGAAGUGACACUUCUACUCCUGUAUGACUCUCUCUCUUCCUUGGAUCCUCAGCACUCGUAUCAUCUGGAGAAAGAAGGAAAGAAAUGUAAGAAGCAGGGCAUGCAUGAGGCCUCUGCACUGGGAGCUCAGUAAACGAUCAUCCUACCUUUCGGGCUUGAUUCUGUAUUUUGUCACUACAGUCAAAGGGUCAGGCAUUGGACCGUGGGCAUGAUGAAGACUGCUAAUCUCUCAAUCUUGGUUUUUCAUUCUUUCUCAACUUCUCUUUGCCUGAUAAACAUUUGAAGCGAGUCAUUUUGAAUGUAGGCUAUUUUAUCCAAGCUUUCUGGGAUGGUAUUCUUUAAAAUGAAAUGUUAGCAUUUCAAGUCCUGAUUUCCAUGUUCUGUGGUGCGCACUUGAAUCCCAGCAUUUGAUUCUGGAUAAAUCCAAGAUGCACCUAGUUUUCGUCCUCCGGGAAGAUACACUUGAAAGUCUAAAGUUUAACAUUUCACUCCUAAUUGAUUAACUGCCUACAUUUAACCCUCUGUGAACUUCAGUUCAUCUUUAUUCAGAAUGGGCUGCCCACCCCUCCUUGGGCUUCUGGAUAGCAAUUUUCUUAGCCUUUAAGAAACACUGUUGGUUUAAGUCCAAUUUUUCCCCCAAAGUUUUCCUCUGAAUAAUUACUGAGAAAGAAACAGGAGUCAGAAAUAAGGCUUCAGCCAGUUCACUUCACCUUCAUCCUCUGUUGGUUCUGCCGAGCUCAAUUUCCUUUCUAUUUAACGUGUGCUUCCCUUUUUUUUCUUCAUCUUUGUUACCUGCCCUAUCAAUCAAAUUAUCUUGUGGGUUAAAGAGAAUUAAGUCAAAUUAGUAAUUUGGGAACAUUUACAUAGCCAAAAUUUGGGGACAGGGAUUUUUAUGUUUCAGUUGGUAUGUUGCCGGUGUAGAAGAAAUAAAAAACCAAGAAAGAGCUAGUAAUUGCAAUUGACAGUUAAUUCCUAAUUAAAUUAUAAUAAUUGAUUGUGGAAGUCAAAGGACAGACUGAUACAGGAGUACAAAAGCCAAAGACGUCAUGUGUGGAGGGAAAGCCAUGUAACUCUGCAUAGUAAUGAUAAUACCAGAGUGAAGAAUGCCAGGCAUGCUGUGUCUACAGGAUAUGUCUUGUAUUUAAUUAUUUUUGUCCUGCAUCCUGUAUGAACUUUAUUAAGAAGCCGUAAAUGUUCUGUAUUCAUCCCCCCCCACACACAAAAAUGACAAAAUUGCACAGCUGAUUAGUAAAAUACUUCAAAUUUAA